AUGACCACCUUUACUCCCUUCACCGUGGACCAAGCUCCCCAAAUCGCCUCUUAUGCCGCUGGCGAUGAGAAGCAUCGGUAUAUCGAGAUCGGUCAGACCGAGCACCGUCUGCAUCUCAUCAACUUUUGGCAAAUCCGUCCCGGCGCUCGUGUGCUUGAGAUUGGCUGCGGUCAGGGCACCACCACCUCAGUGUUGGCGCAUAUUGUUGGCCCCGACGGUCACGUCGAUGCCGUUGAUCCUGCUAGCCCUGACUAUGGCUGCCCGCUUACACUGGGCCAGGCUCAGGCUCAUCUGAGUGGCACAGAGAUUGGCCCUCGCAUUACCUGGCACAAUGAGGAUCCCGUGGAAUUCCUUGCCAGCGGCGAUGCCAAGUGGGAUUACGUGGUGUUUGCCCAUUGCAUCUGGUACUUUGACUCUCCGGAGAUUCUGGAGAAGAUGCUCUCUGCACUAAAGGGCCGCGCCACCAACCUUGUCAUUGCAGAAUACGCUCUCAAGGCAACGAAGCGUGAUGCCGAGGCGCACGUCUUGGCUGCGAUUGCCCGUGCGUCAUUGGAGGCGCACAACAAGGCUAGGGAGGCCAACAUUCGCUGCCUCCUCGGACCCAAUGCUAUUCGUGAGAGCGCCGAAAAGACUGGAUGGGCUUUCCAGGGCGAUGAUAAUGUUGUUCCGGACGUUGACCUGCUCGAUGGAAGCUGGGAGGUCGGAGAUGUCAAGGGCAAGCACUUUGUCGAGGAAAUCGAUCAGCAUAUCCAAGAUGACAGGGUCAAGACUAUGCUCAAGUCGGCCCGGGAUGCUGUCAUUGCAGCUGCUGCCAAGGUCGAGGCCAAGAGACCUCUUACAAUGGACGUGUGGAUUUCCAAAUUUAACUAA